AUGUUGGCCCGGAGUAUUGCGCUUUUUGCCCUUUUCCAGCUCAUUGCUGCGUCGGCGUUGACUUUCAACUUGCCUGCCAAAGAGGCUGCUUGCUUUUACAUUUUCACCGAAAAGCCAGACACCCAAGUGAGCUACUACUUUGCUGUGCAACAAGGAGGCUCUUUUGACGUGGAUUACACCAUCAAAAACCCACUGGGCAACAUCAUCGCCUCCGAAACCAAACAAAGACAAGGUGACUUGGUUUUCACGGCCCGCAGUGUUGGCGAGUACGAGUUUUGCUUUUCCAACGAAAUGUCGACUUUUGCCGAGAAGGUUAUUGAUUUCGAGAUCAAGUACGACGGCGACGCCUCGAAAGCAUUCCGCGCAUCCAUGCCUGAGCAGCCCAACCAAAAGCCGAUUGCACACGUUGAGAACAUGAAGCGUACAGUCGAAACCAUCGACGGCCAGUUGGACGAACUCAAACGCGCUUUGCAAUACUACAAGACGAGAAACAACCGUAACCAGGCCACAGUGCAAUCAACGGAAUCGCGCAUCUACUACUUUUCCAUCUUGGAGGUUUUGUUGAUGGUCGGAAUGGCAUUCUUGCAGAUCACCAUCGUGCAAUUUUUCUUCAAGGGCUCUCGGAAACAGCUUGUGUAA